AUGAGGGACACGAAAAUUGUGGGCGCCGAACAGGCACACUACUUGCAGGACAAGCGGUUCACAACUCCGGCACCGCGUAGGGUUACCACUGUAUUACUGGUCGAUGAGCUGGAUAUCUUGUGCAACCGGCGCCAGGAUGUCGUCUAUAACCUGCUCGACUGGCCCACCAAGUCGGCGGCCAAACUGGUGGUUGUCACCAUUGCCAACACCAUGGAUUUGCCUGAGCGCCUGCUAAUGGGUAAAGUCACCUCUCGUCUUGGACUCACCCGACUCACUUUCUAACCGUACAGCCAC